AUGAGCUCAUUUACCAUACCAGAUCUCAGAUUUGAGCAGAGUUUUUGGAGGCAACUCAAUGCUUACGCCGGAAAUACAAUGCCUACACGCAAGAUUUCUACUAAUAAAUUGGGCUAUGGAUCAGCAAAGGGCUUGACCGACGAAGAGCUUGAGCUUUUGAAUGCUGAUAUAGACAAGGAAGAAGAGCGUUAUUUGAACAAGCCGCAGCCAUUGGCUCCCGUUACACCAGGAAUUGUGGUAUAUGCAAUAGUCAAAGAUCAGAUAAUCAUGCCUUUUCUCCAGGGUCUUUUUUUGACAGGAUUUUUAAUCUCAAUAAGGCCAAUUCUAGCUCAUGUUGUGCGGAAUGGUCAACAUGUUGGCCGUUGGAUGUAUAACUUGUUAGGCUUGGACCAGUUGUCUAAAAAUCGCAGGAUAGUGUCGAGGUGA